CACGCCUGCUGACAGCCACAGGAAGCAGGCGCCGGUGUGUGCGUGCAGCUUCAAGACUGACUCGCCACGUUACUAAUUACCAUAGUGUGCUAACUCUUGGUGUUGUUAGGAAUUGAAAACAUCACCGGCAUCUUGUGUCAUACAUCAAGAAUUUGUUACUAGUAUAUUCGCAUCAAAUAACCCAUUGGAGUUUACAUGGUAUUGCAGUUUACCUGUACCCUGGAACACCUGUCGGCGGCCCAGGCAAAGGACGCGAGUUGAUGGCUGGCGGCGUGGGGCAGAUGGCGGUGGCGGCGGUGGUGGUUGUGAUGGUGACUGUGCUUAUGCUAGUGGUUGAGGGCGUGGCGGCGCUGGGGCAUCACCGAGAGCCGCCCAUCAAAGCUUCACUCUCCAAUAAGUUCGUAGGUGUGUCGAGCAGGUGUUCCCGCGGCUCCCUGACAGUGGACGUGAGCACCGAGGAGGCCUUCUUCGGGUCGGUUUACGCCCGCGGGUAUCCCAACAGCUGCCGGGAGGUUGGCCAGGGCAACACCACCACCUCCCUCGUGGUGUCCGCCCAGAAGUGUGGCGUCAAGGUUAUCGACGACGAGUUCGGCCACCACACCUACGAGCUGCUAGUGUACAUCCAGUUCGACAAGUGGGUGCAGCAGGUGAUUGACGAGCAGGUGUACGUGAGAUGCAAGUUGGAGAGGCCGGCAGGGGAGCUCAAGGCCCAUGCUCAGAUGAACGUGAUCAACGAAGACUCUGGCGACAACACCCCCGUCAGGCACAAAGACGUCCUCAAUACUGAAAACAACUCCAUUGCCACGCUGGUCCUCGCCGCGGGUCCCUCUGGUAGCAAGUCUUCCUCCUCUUCCUCGUCCUCCACGUCAUCACCCGUCAACCGCACAGAUGUCAGUGAUAGCGAGAGUUCAAAGUUCCGUCGGCUUGUGUCUCUUCGUCGCAAAGCCUCAUCAAGGAGUCGGGCACAAGAGCAGGACGCGAUGAGGGACUGGCUGCCCCUGGAGGCCCCCAAAGAGCUCCUCAUGUGGCGUGAGCAAGCGGACGGAGGCAACUCUGAACCUGUGUCAUGUUGGAUGGACAUCGUGGAGGGCACAUCCAUGGACGGCAAACCCGUGUUGGAGCACCUGCUGGUGGGUGACGACACAACCAUGGUGCUCAAGGUGCGCCAGACUAAGGGCCUGGACACCCGCAUCACCUCCUGCCUCGCCCACGACGGCUCAGACGACCAGAGCCAGGAGCUGAUCGACGAAAACGGCUGCUCUGUGGACGACGAGAUCAUGCCUCCGCUCAGAAUCAAGUUCAACCCACGGUCUGGCGUCAAGGUGGCCUACGCGUCAUUCAAGGCGUUUAAAUUCCCAGACCGUGACCACCUACACCUGCGCUGCACCGUGCUGGUCUGCCUGGGCGCCUGUCAGCUGCCUGUGUGCGGGCGGCUUAGCAACCGUAUCGGGCGGCGCAUGGGUGGGAGUGGCCAGGGUAGUAUCCAGCCUGUUCACGAUCUGCAGGACCUCGUCACGUCUCCUCCACAGACACCGCGAGGCAACAACCGAGCGCUGACCAACAAAAUCGUGGACAAGGUGGAGGUCUUCAAUUCCGUGGAGGUUCGAGCCCCGGGUAUCGAGAGCCAACCGAACCUCGUGAAGCAGUACCGGACGGACCGAGGCCCCGCUGUGGAUUCCGUAAACUUUUUCAGUGAUGAAAACAUGUUCUGCGUGACGCCCUAUAAGAUGAUCCUGGCGUUUGGUGUGCUCCUGACGGUAUUACUAGUGGCGAUGCUGUUCUCCCUCUACUCCUGCGUCAAGGCCAGAGUGUUGAAGGCGAGACUGCAACCGCCCCACCACCACGCCGAGCCCCCGCGACAUUCUCCUGUCACCAGCCCUUACUACAGAUUCGCCCAUUGAGUGUACCUCCCUCCACACUAUAACAGACGAAGGAAUACUCAAUAAAAUUAGGGAAAACACGACGAAAUGAGGAAAACGGACGAUUCUCAGCGUUUUCAGUAUGAACGUUGAUAUGGCAAGACUAGUACCAGAUAUUAUGACCUACUUAUUCCUUGUAUUCUCCACACUGUUAAUAUUUAUAGUGUAAUAGUUUUUGUACGUACACGUGGUGCUUAGGGCAUUAGCGCAGUCAUUAGGUAGGCUGCGUGGGGAGGGUUGGUAUUACUGGAAGUGUUAAGAGAUGAUUGGACUUCUAAAACGAAAAGUAUAGUAGUUUAUAAAGAGGAAAAGUGUUUGUUGAGGCAUUGUUGAAGUUACUUUAGUGUGUGUGUGUGUGUGUGUGUGUGUGUGUGUGUGUGUGUGUGUGUGUGUGUGCCAUGAAGACGUGAAAUAUUUGUACAUAAGCAUGGAGUCAAGAGAAGGCUGUUCAUGUGCACGAUAAUCACUACAUUUUUCUGAACUCGCGUUGUAAUGUUUUGACCCGUGGCAGUAUGUGGGGUAUUGGUAAUGUGUACGUGUAUCCUUGUUCAUGUUAGGAUGUUAUGAAGGGAUAAGAGUAUGCUUUUGGCUAUGUAUUGAAUAAAUAUAUAUAGUUACAUAUCAAUAUCCAAAUCGAGGAUGUAGCCUAUCUAAAUUUUCUAUCGAAUGUUUUUUGUCUAUUGUGUACCUUUAUUGACUUUUCAUCCAUUUUUUUUUACAGUAUAUGCAUUAUACACACAUUUUAUAAUCAUGUGCAAUGUAGUCUACGUUGUUACCACACGCCUGAAAAUAUACAUGACAUUAAUACAACGAAAAA